AUGAGCGCCGUCACGAGAUGGCUGGAGCCGUCUCGCUGGACGACCAGUUCGUACUAUGUACUGGUCGUAUUUGUGAUUGCCUGCGGAGGGAUUCCUAAAGGAUAUGACGAGGGUGGCUACAGUGCUAGCGUCAAGCUCGAGUCAUUCAAGAUCGAUUUCAACCUCCUUAAAUCCCACUGGAAGGAUGAUCCGACCGGGUUGACCAAUCGUAGUGCAAAUAUCACGUCUUUCAACGUCCUGGGCGCAGCUUUCGGUGCCCUUGCAUCCCUCGAUUUGAAUGAUCGACUAGGCCGUCUGUGGUCAUGGCGAUUGGCCAUGGUCGUCUACAUCCUUGGCACGUUCAUCCAGGUCUUCUCCUCGGGUAUUUAUGGCUUACUACUGUUCGCUCGGAUUUUCUCUGGGCUGGGUGCCGGUGUAUUGACCGUCGCAUCCCCGCUGUAUUUGUCCGAGGUGGCGCCUAAGGCGACGCGAGGUUUAUCUGUCGGCUUGUACAUGGUCGCUCUGCUGACUGUGCUUUCCAUGGGGUUCUUCAUCAAUUAUGGCGCUAGUAUCCACAUGGCUGCAACGCGAACCCAAUAUCGCCUAGUGCAAUCUAUUCCUCUGAUCCCUGCAGGGAUCACACUGGGUCUCUCCUGGUUGUGCCCCGAGACUCCUCGAUACCUUGCCUCGAAGCAGCGCCACCAGGAAGCAAAGGAGGUGCUUGCCCGGCUGCGUGGCAAGUCCAUCGACGAUGAGAGCGUCACGGCCGAAUUUGAGGAAAUCGACCAGCAGGCUAAGAAGCGGGCCGACUUGAAGUCGAUCUCGCACUGGGCGGCCUUGAAGGAGUCCCAGACCAACCCCAACUACCGCCAGCGGUUCUGGCUGCUCAUGGUCAUGCAGACAGUCGCACAGUGGACUGGCGGUAACGGUAUCACCUACUAUAUCUCGACGAUCUUCUCGUACGCCGGUGUGGCCGAUUCCACCUCCCUCAUCUCAUCCGGCGCAUACGGAAUCGUCAAGCUGGUCUUCACCAUGGCUUUCACCUGGGGUCUGAUCGAUUUCUUCGGUCGACGCCGCUGCGCCCUAACUGGACUGGCCCUGCAGCUGGCCGCACACAUCUACAUGGGCACAUAUAUGGGUCUGCAACCCGGCUCAGCCAACAAUCAAUCUGCAUCCGACGCAGCCAUCGCCUCCGUAUUCAUUUAUGCCGUCGGCUGGUCGGUCGGUCUCUGCACCAUCCCUUAUCUGUACGGCACGGAGAUCUUCCCAAGCCACAUCCGCAACUCGUGCUACGCCCUCAGCAUGGGCUUUCACUGGUUUUUCCAAUUCGCGGUCGUCCGCGUUACCCCCAACAUGCUCAACAACCUGCACGUGUGGGGUGCUUACCUCUUCUGGGCCAUCAUCUGCACCUUGGGUCUCAUCAUCCUGGGUAUCUGGAUGCCCGAGACCAAAGGCGUCCCGAUCGAGCGCAUGGAUGAACUCUUCGCGGGGCCGUGGUACCUUCGCUGGCGCGCUAAGGUCUACACCAGUGACGACUCGUCUAGCUCUGGGGAUACCAUUGCGUCGCAAGACCUCCGUCAGGAUACCUUCAAGGCUAAUGACUCGUUGCGAUGA